AUGGAGUCAGGUAGAAAGAACGAGGACCUUAAUCCACAUCGCCCCUCUCUGCAAGGGAGCGAACACCCUCAAGCAGAACAAUCUGCACUGCAAUCUUCAACGCAGGGAGUGAAUGCAGAACGUCACACCUCUCCUGCCCCCUCUCCCACCGAGGCCGCGAUCACGCAGGAAAAAGCCGAAGACAGCAAACCACACCACACUUCCCAAUCCAUCGACUCCUGGUGGGGAUGGGAUCUGCUUGGGCUCGGCCUUGCGCUUGCGAUCCUAAUCGCUAUCAUCGUCAUCUUGCGCGUGUAUGAUGGCAAGCAACAGCCCAACUGGAAGUGGAUUUCGCUCAACACACUUCUCUCGUGGUUGAGCACGGUUGGAAAGGGCUGCAUUGCAUUUCCUCUCAGCGCGGGCCUGUCACAGCUUAAGUGGGUGUGGUUUGCGCAGCGGAAACGCCCGUUGUCAGACCUGAGGGUUUUUGAUAACGCCAGUCGAGGCAUCUAUGGGAGUGCGGAGAUGCUAUGGGCAUUGAGGAUGCGUCAUUUUGCGGUCUUGGGUGCCAUUGCGGUGCUGCUCGCCAUUGGGUUUGAACCGUUCAUUCAGAAUCUGGUGCAUUACUCGCCUGAGCUUGUCGUGGAUGCAUCACAGAUCUCUCGCCUAGCGAAUACCACGUAUUAUAGUAGUCUUGGACCGUUGCAAGCCGCUUCAACUAACUAUAAUAUUGAGCCUACAUUCAAAGGAAACAUGUACAACUCCAUAUUCAGUACGGAUCCAGGGAGGCCAUGGGCAAUCCCACAGUAUAUGUGCCCAACAGGCAAUUGCACCUGGGACCCUGUUGCCUCCCUUGCAGUGCGCGCCCUUUGCUCAAACGUUACAUCAUCCAUCGAAGAAAGAUGCGAACGCGUUAACGACACCAGCAGCGGGAUUCCAUAUAAGAACUGCACAGUCUCACUUCCCAACGGGACAUCAGCAUAUUACGCUGGCGGCUAUCACACGUCAGCAAUUGCCUUGCAAGUCCAAUCCUCGUCUCAGCCCAUCGUGUACACCAAUGCCACCUUACCGGUCUUCCAGCGCAUCGAAGCAGUAGAAGCAAACAUGUACGAAGGGGAAGACAUCGCUUCAAAAAUUCGCGAUAAUCCUAGAUAUGUCGCGACAGAAUGCUCCCUGGAACCCAUUGUUCGCAGUGUCAAGGCCUUUGUUAAUAGCUCCGUCUACAGCGAAACCGUUCUCGCAGAGUGGACCAACGUAGAGUCCUGGUACGACACCUUAAACAGCAGCAACGGGUACUACUUCCUCCCGAACUGGAAUCAAGGCCUAGGCGUGCACCCAGGCCAGAACUUUACCUUGGCGCCGAAAAGCCAAGCUACGAUAAGCCUCUUUCUGGAGUCGCUUUUUUCUGGCAAAGCGUACAGCACCAUGAUGAACCUAGUAUUCCAGCCAUUCACAACAUCAUAUGGGCUGUCCGCGACAGCUGAUGUCAUGGAGGCCUUUAUGUAUGGAAAUAUCACGGGGUGCGCGGAUCCUGGGAACGACCGGUUUGGUUGCGUGAUGAGGAAUGUCGCUGAUGCCAUGUCCAAGUCGUUCCGCGACCAAGCGUAUAUAAACAACGAGGAGAUGGCAGUGGGCUAUACGCAGGUGAAUGCCAACAUAAUCCAUAUCCAUUGGCAGUGGUUGACGCUGCCGUUGCUUGUUUGGCUGCUUGGUGCUGUGACCUGGGUAGGAACGGAGUGGAAAACGCGGCGCGGGAAAUUACAGAAGUGGAGUGACAAUCCGCUUCCAUUGCUGUUUCUCUAUCGUGGCGAAGAUAGUCGAACAGACAAAGAGCUGGGGGUGUCGAACCGGGCGUAUGAGCAGCGGGCGAAGAGCAUUCAUACGCAGCUGUAUACGAAGGAGGAUCAGGCAGCAUUUGUUUAA